AGCCAUCGCCGCGCAUGCGUUCUGAGCCUUUUAUUUUUUGCCCUGUACCAAGCUCCUUAGCCUCAUUGGGGUGGAGGAGGAGAGAAGAAACCAGCUUAGCAGCGGCAGCACCGUCGCCACCGCCAAAUAAUGCAGUAAGAGCCGCGUCGGUGCUGAUGAGAUUGAAAGUAGCCCCCCCCCCCCGCGGAGCCCACUCCCACUUCCCUGCGACUAGCCGCGGACCCCCGGGAAUGGACUGCUGAAUUAUGAAGUAUUCUAGAGCCAAUAGCAUAGCAUUGCUGCGCUACUCAAUACUUUAUCUCCUGGUAGUUAUUUAAAUUGGACUUUUAAUAUCCUCCCAGCUGCUCUUGAGACACACAUGGUGCAUUGUUGCCAUUCCCCGGAUUGCAUCUUUGAAACCAAGGCCUUCAGUAACCUUUGUCAAACAAAGAGGCAACCUCCAGGCAGCCUUCCUAGUGGGGGAUUCAGCCUGACUGCCCUCUAGCUUUCUCUGGCUCAGGCUGUAUUUGAAUUCCACCAUGGAAUACCGAAUGGAGUCUUGCUUGGCACAGGUGUUGCAGAAAGAUGUGGGGAAACGACUACAAGUGGGCCAAGAACUAAUAGACUAUUUCUCAGACAAGCAGAAGUCUGCCGAUCUUGAACAUGAUCAGACCAUGUUAGAUAAGCUUGUGGAUGGACUUGCCACUUCUUGGGUGAACUCUAGUAAUUAUAAGGUCGCACUUCUGGGGAUGGACAUCUUGUCGGCCCUGGUGUCCCGGCUGCAGGAUCGGUUUAAAGCACAAAUCGGCACAGUGCUACCCAGUCUAAUUGACAGGUUGGGCGAUGCUAAAGAUUCAGUGAGAGAGCAAGACCAGACUCUGCUGCUGAAGAUGAUGGAACAAGCUGCCAACCCUCAGUAUGUGUGGGACAGAAUGUUAGGAGGGUUCAAACACAAGAAUUUCCGCACCAGGGAAGGUGUUUGUCUCUGCCUUAUUGCAACACUGAAUGCCUCUGGAGCCCAUACUUUAACGCUAAGUAAGAUUGUGCCACAUAUAUGUAAUUUACUUGGAGAUCCAAAUGGCCAGGUCCGAGACUCAGCAAUAAACAGCUUAGUGGAGAUUUACAGACACGUAGGAGAACGUGUGAGGGCAGACCUCAGUAAAAAAGGAUUGCCACAGUCUCGGUUAAAUGUAAUUUUUACAAAAUUUGAUGAUGUCCAAAGAUCUGGUAACAUGAUACAGUCUGCAAGUGAUAAGAAUUUUGAUGAUGAAGACUCUGUGGAUGGGAGCAGGCCUCCUUCAGCCAGCUCCUCUACAUCUUCCAAGGCCCCCCCAGGCUCACGAAGAAGCGUUGCAAUGGGAACCACGCGUCGCAUUGGACCUGUUGCCCUAGGGUCUAAGUCUUCUGCUGCAAAAGAAGGAGCUGGUGCUGUUGAUGAAGAGGACUUUAUUAAAGCAUUUGAUGAUGUACCAGUAGUACAGAUUUAUUCCAGUCGAGAUCUUGAAGAAUCCAUAAAUAAAAUUAGAGAAAUCUUAUCUGAUGACAAACAUGACUGGGAACAGAGAGUAACAGCUCUGAAAAAAAUUCGAUCAUUACUUUUGGCUGGAGCUGCUGAAUAUGAUAAUUUCUUUCAACAUUUGCGUCUUUUGGAUGGAGCAUUUAAAUUAUCUGCUAAAGACCUUCGGUCUCAAGUUGUACGAGAAGCUUGUAUCACUCUGGGGCAUCUGUCAUCAGUCCUUGGAAACAAAUUUGAUCAUGGAGCUGAAGCCAUCAUGCCAACCAUCUUUAAUUUAAUCCCAAACAGUGCCAAAAUCAUGGCCACAUCUGGUGUUGUAGCUGUUAGAUUAAUUAUUCGACACACACACAUCCCUAGGCUAAUACCUGUUAUAACUAGCAACUGUACAUCCAAAUCCGUCGCAGUUAGAAGGCGCUGUUUUGAAUUUUUAGAUUUGCUUUUGCAAGAAUGGCAAACACAUUCACUAGAAAGACACAUAUCAGUAUUAGCAGAAACAAUAAAGAAAGGAAUACAUGAUGCUGAUUCUGAAGCAAGGAUAGAAGCAAGAAAAUGUUAUUGGGGUUUCCACAGUCACUUCAGUAGAGAAGCAGAACAUUUGUACCAUACAUUAGAGUCAUCUUAUCAGAAAGCUCUACAGUCACAUCUAAAGAACUCAGACAGCAUCGUGUCUUUGCCUCAGUCGGAUCGUUCCUCUUCUAGUUCUCAAGAGAGCCUAAACCGUCCACUGUCUGCCAAAAGAAGCCCAACCGGAAGUUCCACAUCUCGAGCUUCUACAGUUAGUACCAAAUCUGUUUCAACAACUGGAUCCCUACAGCGGUCUCGGAGCGACAUUGAUGUGAAUGCAGCAGCCAGUGCCAAAUCAAAAGUCUCAACAGCUGGCUCCACCCCUUUCAGUUCAGCAGCUGCCUUGCCUCCAGGAUCGUAUGCAUCAUUAGAGUCCAGACACAUCAGGGAGGACUUGGAGUACAUAGGCCUUGAACCAGGUCGGAUACGCACGCGACGGCAAAGCUCUGGGAGUGCAGUCAGUGUCACCACCACCCCUGAUAACCGUGGCCGCAGCAGAGCUAAAGUGGUUUCACAGUCCCAGCCUGGUAGCCGAUCAAGCUCCCCAGGAAAACUGUUGGGAAGUUCUUACAGUGGACUCACAGGAGGAUCUGCCAGAGGUACACCUGUCCCCUCAUCCUCAGAUAAACGGAGCAAGAUCCCACGGAGUCAGGGAUGUAGUCGAGAAACGAGUCCUAGCCGCUUAGGUGGGCAAGAUCGGUUUGGGCUUGGGCAGCCGGGAAGGAUGCCUGGUUCUGUCAAUGCUAUGCGAGUUCUAAGUACAAGCACAGAUCUGGAAGCAGCUGUAGCUGAUGCCCUGCUAUUAGGAGACUCCAGGAGCAAGAAAAAGCCAGUGAGGAGAAGAUAUGAACCAUAUGGGAUGUAUUCGGAUGAUGAUGCUAACAGUGAUGCGUCAAGUGUUUGUUCUGAGCGUUCUUAUGGCUCUAGAAAUGGUGGGAUUCCUCACUACCUACGACAAACAGAAGAUGUAGCAGAGGUUCUAAACCACUGUGCUAGUUCAAACUGGUCUGAAAGAAAAGAAGGACUUCUUGGACUGCAGAAUUUACUGAAGAGCCAAAGAACACUAAGUCGAGUUGAAUUGAAAAGACUAUGUGAGAUCUUCACUCGAAUGUUUGCUGACCCUCACAGCAAGAUUGCUGAUUCAGAACCAGAAUGUGAUGCUAAUGAAAGAAAUUUGUUCCCAUCAGAUGGCUCUUGUACAAGAGUUUUCAGUAUGUUCCUGGAGACUCUAGUGGACUUUAUAAUAAUCCAUAAAGAUGACUUGCAAGACUGGCUUUUUGUUCUUCUGACACAAUUACUUAAGAAAAUGGGAGCAGAUUUACUUGGAUCUGUACAAGCAAAGGUUCAAAAGGCUCUAGAUGUAACAAGGGAUUCUUUUCCAUUUGAUCAGCAGUUUAACAUUUUGAUGAGAUUCAUUGUGGAUCAGACACAAACGCCAAACCUUAAGGUCAAGGUUGCAAUUCUGAAAUACAUUGAGUCUCUGGCCAGACAGAUGGAUCCAACAGACUUUGUAAACUCUAGUGAGACAAGGCUUGCUGUUUCAAGAAUUAUAACCUGGACAACAGAACCAAAGAGUUCGGAUGUGAGAAAGGCAGCACAAAUUGUUCUGAUUUCUCUGUUUGAACUGAACACUCCAGAGUUUACAAUGUUACUUGGUGCCUUGCCAAAAACAUUCCAGGAUGGUGCCACCAAACUCCUACACAACCACCUGAAGAAUUCCAGUAACACAAGUGUGGGCUCUCCAAGCAAUACCAUUGGUCGAACUCCUUCAAGACACACCAGUAGCAGGACCAGCCCCUUGACUUCACCUACCAAUUGUUCCCAUGGUGGUCUGUCGCCAAGCAUGCUGGACUAUGACACAGAGAACUUGAACUCAGAUGAAAUCUACAGCUCUCUUCGGGGAGUAACAGAAGCCAUAGAAAAGUUUAGUUUCCGGAGCCAGGAAGAUCUGAAUGAGCCUAUUAAGCGGGAUGGCAAAAAAGACUGUGAUAUUGUUUCACGAGAUGGUGGAAUAGCUUCGCCUGCCACUGAUCUGCGUGGAGGAAGUGAUGUGGUAGAAGGAGGAAGGACAGCUCUUGAUAACAAAACCUCACUCCUCAACACCCAGCCUCCACGAGCCUUCACAGGACCCCGAGCUCGAGACUACAAUCCCUAUCCUUACUCAGAUACAAUCAACACCUAUGACAAGACAGCUCUGAAAGAAGCUGUAUUUGAUGAUGACAUGGAUCAACUUCGUGAUGUACCCAUUGACCAUUCUGAUUUGGUAGCUGAUCUCCUGAAAGAAUUAUCAAAUCACAACGAACGGGUGGAAGAAAGGAAAGGAGCCUUAUUAGAAUUACUCAAGAUCACUCGAGAAGAUAACCUAGGAGUUUGGGAAGAACACUUCAAAACAAUUUUGCUCUUGCUGCUAGAAACACUUGGAGAUAAAGAUCAUUCGAUACGGGCAUUGGCAUUGCGAGUGUUACGGGAAAUUCUGAGAAACCAACCAGCAAGAUUUAAAAACUAUGCUGAACUGACAAUCAUGAAAACACUGGAGGCACAUAAAGAUUCCCACAAAGAGGUUGUGAGAGCUGCAGAGGAAGCCGCUUCAACAUUGGCCAGUUCUAUACACCCUGAGCAGUGUAUCAAAGUGCUUUGCCCAAUCAUCCAGACUGCUGACUACCCCAUCAAUCUAGCUGCCAUUAAGAUGCAGACCAAAGUUAUUGAGAGGAUUUCCAAGGAGUCCUUGCACCAGCUUCUCCCUGACAUCAUCCCAGGCUUGCUACAGGGCUAUGACAACACUGAAAGCAGUGUUCGUAAGGCCAGUGUGUUUUGCUUAGUGGCAAUUUAUUCCGUAAUUGGAGAAGAACUGAAGCCUCACCUUGCACAACUCACAGGGAGCAAGAUGAAGCUAUUAAAUUUGUAUAUAAAGAGGGCCCAAACCACCAAUAGCAACAGCAGUUCGUCUUCAGAUGUUUCGACGCACAGUUAAUGGAAAUAUCUGGACCUAUUUGUGUAGACUUAGAAGCAAUCAGUGGUGCCUCUCUGAGACCUUUCUUCUCCCCUUUUCUUCAUUGGCACGCCCAAUCAGUACAAGGAGGCCACACAGAUAUUUAUUGCAAUCAGUAUUUUGGUCCUUUCAAGCUUUUGUGUAGAAUCUUAUUGGUAUUGAAUGUAAAGGAAGCAAGGCCUGUGUUGCAGUCUUCGUACAAAAAAAAAAAAAAACAGGAAAAAAAAACAGCCAUAACAUGUUUGUGCAGCCUGCUGAAAUCUUUAAAAGGGGGUUUAGGGCACAGUGUUAUAAAAAUGAGCCCCUCUAGCAGUUUCUUGGUUUCAACUAAAGUGAUUAAUUUGUUUUAAAUUAAGUUGAUACAGAUUUGGGGUUUUAGAAUUGUGUCAGUUUCCUCAUAAUAUUUUGUUUCAUUAUGGGUGUGACCCUUGCUGGAUUCUUCACCUUUCACAAAGGAAAUAGUGGAAGUGGUGUGUGUAUUUAAGUUGUUGUUUGAAACCUACCAAAAUGUGAAUUAUGUCUUUAGAAAACAUUUAAAAUUAAAAACAGCCUUUUACCGUGUUACUACUAAAUGCCCCCAAAGGUUUUCGUUUUCAGUCUUUGAGCUGUAUAUAAAGUGCCCUAGCUUUUUAGUGUAGAUUCUGAAAACUGACGACUCUUUAGUAUUGACAUUUGAUUGAGGCUCACUUCCUUUAAUUACAUGAUAUCUGUUCCAGGGCUUAAAACUUCUUGACAGCUAGUUUAAAGUUCAGUCGAAUCUAAAAACAAAGGCCAAAGUAAGUCAUAAAAUCAUUUAGUGAGAUUCCACUUGCCAGGAUUGUAGGAGAGAUCUUGCUCUAGGGAUCUUUGUGGAAACAUAAUUUAAAUACCACCCAUGGGAUAAAUCUAGAGACCUUAAGUUUAGGGCUAUGUUCCAAGAAUUACAAUUAUUGUCCUCUGGUGACCCAUUGAUAUUUGAUAUUUUAUUCUUGGUUUUAGUUUAACCCUGAAGUUUCAAGGUAAAAAUUUUCUCCAUUCAUUGAGUAAUGACAGAUAUGGAGUUUUAGAAUUUGAUUUUUCUUUUUAGGUAGGAUCAGAGACUAUAGAGGUAAACCCAAUAGAUCAUGACUCGAGUCAUUUCUCAUUUUAUGAACCAGAAUUAUUUGUUGCCAAUUUGUUGAAAUAAAAUCUCAGUUCACGGACAAAGAAAAUUUCGUGUCCGUUACAGUAGGCAAUGGUGAGAAGAGGGAAUCCUAAAAUUUGACUCCAAGUAAAUGGUGAAUAAAUUAAUCUUACAGUAUAUAAAACUUCAUAGCUCUCCCUGUUAGCCCUUUCCACAGCUUACCUGACAGGCUUAGAAUUCAGAGCCAUAGAAUGGAAGAUAGGAGAAAAUAUAUAACUUUUUUCCUUAUUUCUAAAAUUAUUUUAGAUAUUUUAUAAAAACAUAUAGUAUGCACUGAGAAUGAAUGCACUGUAAUGUCCAUAAACUAAUGUAGCAAGUAUUCUCACACUACAGGAUGGACUUUUAAAGUGUAAUUUAAAUAUGUAGGAAAUACAUAGCUGCUCCUGUUAGAAUUCAGUGGCGGGAAAUAUUCCUCCUGAUACAUCAACACUUGUCAUUUGGUUGGAAUACUAAUUUAUUUUAGGAAAGAGCACAAGAGGAGAACCAUAAUUUUCUCAGAAAGAUUUUUGCAAUCAUAUUUAAACUUUAAAAUGUUAAUUCUUAUCCUUUGGCAAUAUCUGUCCACUCUGAAGCAUGUGUAAUGAAAAUAAGUGAUGAUGGCUGUCUUAAAUGAGUUAAAUUUUAUCUUACGUCUAAAAAAAAUUUCAGUGGCAGACAAGUGUGGUUGAAUGUAAUUGGCAUAUUUGGGGCUGCAAAAUAUAGGACCAGGCCUUACUUUCUUGAUCAAAUAAUAUUUUGUUUGUUGACAGAUAUUCAUUGAUGUGAUUUUUCUUUCACUACACAAGUCAGUCAAAGAUUCUUUAUUCUCUGCUGUAGAAAUGUGUUGCACCAUAGAAGAAACAUUCUGGUUAGAUUAUUUAUCAGUUCAUUUAAAUAUAAUGUAUAUAGUAAGUUUCCCUUUCCCUCCCUUUCCUUAUUCCCCUAAAGAGUCCUGCAUCCCCUGUGUCAUUUAGUUGGGAAGUAUCUUGAAUGUUGCCCAAUUUCCUUGUAGUACUCAAAGGGCUGGCCAUGAACUACCACUUGCAUAAUCUUCAAUCUCUUAACUUAACAAAAGAGAGAGAGAAUGUACAAUCACUUGUCAGCAAACAUCAAAGUCUCUUGGCUUACAGAUCUGGAAACUCUGAUAUACGUCAAGGAGAGCAAAUUUGCAUGCAGCCCAUCACAUCAUCCUGAAGGUGAGAGCAGAGCCCGGCUGCCCCAGCCAAAUCUCAGCGACUGUAGCUGCCUUUCCUUGCCUCUCCUGUCUUUUGGGGCUCUUGCUAAUUAAAAAAAAAAAAGGAAGAAAGAAAGAAAGAACAAGAAAAAAAAGGAAAGGAAUUCAACAGAAACUUUGCCUCCCCACUUACCAACUCUGAAAUUUUCAGUGCCCUGAAAAAGCCCAUCACCCUCUGGACCUUGGGGUUGCUAUCCAUUGUGCUAUUGACAUCACCACGAAGCUAGGGCAUGGGCAAAUCACUUGAUCCGUACUCCCCCCCGCCCAGGUUUAAAGUACUGUAGUUCUCAUGUAGUGCAGAAGUAUUGAGGCAUGUGGCUUUCUCAAAGUACACCAUGUGUGCUUGGCUGGACGAUAAAUGACAACAAUACAAGACUGUCUUUUCUAUUGCUUAUUAUUAGCUUCUCGAUAACCUGUAUAAGUAAUGCAACUUGCAUCUUUGUCAUAUAAAACUUCUUUUCCUUUCCCCAAUACCCUUUAUUUAUCAAGCAUAAUAUUACGUAUUAAAGGACAGCAAAAAGAACGUUGUAGAAUUACAGCCGGACUUUGCUAAUAAUAAUGUUUGGAAAUAAAAAGGAAAAGCUAUGAAAAAUGUCA